AUGACAUUGCCGCAAUUUGUAUGGUAUUAUCCUCAUGAAAGGAAUCAGGAGUCUUUACACAUUUACAGCACGCAUGGAUUUGGUUAUGAUCCAGUUUCGGAUGAUUACAAGGUUAUUUCCCUCACUUAUUUUGAUUAUGAUUACAAGGUUAUUACCACCACUCGUUUGGCUAUCUAUAGCAUUAGAAGGAAUACUUGGAGACAAACUAUCAUUGAUAGUAGUCCGUUGACUGUCGUUGGUCGCCUCCUGCUUUUAGUAGAUGAGUGUUUUAGUGAAGUCCCAUCACCCAAUUUAUGUAAUAAUGCAACAAUCACGUCUAGAUUUGAUAGCAGGCUUGUUGUCAUUCGUGGAAAGCUUGCCAUUUAUAAGCAUUUUGAGGUUUGGUUAAUGAACUGGUAUGGUGUAAAAGAAUCUUGGACUAAGGUUCCACUCGGUAAACUUAGGAAUGAACUUAGCUUAGGGAAUUCAGUAAUUUUUGAUGACAAUGGCAAAAUUCGGGUGGCUAACAGAGGUCAAACAAUGCUGAUAUAUGAUUUUGAGAAAGGAACUUUUAGCAAAGAUGUUUAUUUUUGGAGUUGGCAAUUUCAGCUUGUUGGUAGUUAUGUUGAAAGUCUUGUUUCACUAAGUAGAAAGGAUACAACCGGAUGCAAAAAAAUUCCUUGA